AUGAGCGUUACUGAAACCCUUUCUGCUAAUAGAACUGCUCAUUUUCGUACUCUGGAACGUGAGUCUCGGUUCAUCAAUCCCCCGAAGGAUAAGUCUGCCUUCCCACUGUUGCAAGAAGCAGUCCAACCUCACAUUGGUUCAUUCAAUGCGUUGACAGCAGGAGUAAAUGAUGGUCUUUUGAAUCAGGGAGUUCGUGAUAUUGGAACAAAGGUAUUAUUUGAUGGUAAAGCAAGCUCUGAAAACCCGAACUACCUGGGUAACAAGCUAGCUUUAAACAUUGAGCAGGUGUCUAUUACUAAACCAUUAUCAAAUGACGGUGUAUCAUCUGCUGUUGAAAGGAAAGUGUUUCCCUCUGAAUGUAGGCAGCGAUUGGCGUCAUACAAGGGCAAGCUGCUGCUGAAAUUGAAUUGGGUUGUUAAUGAUGGGGAGGAGACAUACACAGAGGUAAGGGACUGUGGCUCGUUGCCAAUUAUGUUGCAGAGCAACAGAUGCCAUCUGGACAAGCUUUCGCCAUACGAAUUAGUUGAGCAUAAAGAGGAAUCUGAUGAAAUGGGGGGAUACUUUAUUGUUAAUGGUAUUGAAAAGUUAAUUAGAAUGUUGAUUGUACAACGUAGAAACCAUCCGAUGGCAAUAAUUAGGCCAUCAUUUGCUAAUAGGGGAGCAUCCUAUUCUCCUUAUGGUGUGCAGAUUAGGUCGGUUAGACCAGAUCAGACGUCCCAAACAAAUGUUUUGCAUUACUUGAACGACGGUCAAGUUACUUUUAGAUUUUCUUGGAGAAAAAAUGAAUACUUGGUUCCUGUUGUGAUGAUCUUAAAGGCCCUUAAUGAUAUGAGUGAUAGAGAAAUAUUUGAUGGUAUUGUUGGUGCUGAUACGUCCAAUUCAUUUUUAACAGAUAGAUUGGAACUUUUGUUGCGUAGUUUCAAAAAGAGAUAUCCUCAUUUACAAAACUGUAGGCAAGUUCUGCAAUAUUUGGGGGAUAAGUUUCGCGUUGUGUUCCAGGCAUCUCUGGAUAUGACUGACUACGAAGUCGGGAAAGAAUUCCUUAAACGAAUUGUUUUAGUUCAUUUGGGUAAGGAUAAUAUCGAUAAGUCGAGGAUGCUGAUGUUCAUGAUCAGAAAAUUAUAUUGUUUAGUUGCAGGCGAGUGUUCACCGGAUAAUCCUGACGCCACGCAACAUCAGGAAGUAUUGUUAGGUGGUUUCUUAUAUGGUAUGAUUAUUAAGGAAAAAAUUGAGGAAUACUUGCAGAAUAUUAGACUUCAAAUCCAAUCUGAUGUCAAUCGUGGUAUUGCCGUUAACUUCAAAGAUCGCAAGUACAUGAGCAGAGUUCUCAUGAGGGUAAACGAAAAUAUUGGUGCUAAGCUACAAUACUUUUUAUCCACAGGUAAUUUGGUUUCCCAAUCUGGUUUAGAUUUACAACAAGUUUCUGGUUAUACUGUUGUUGCAGAAAAGAUUAAUUUUUACCGUUUUAUAUCACAUUUCAGAAUGGUUCACAGAGGUUCAUUUUUUGCACAAUUAAAGACUACCACAGUCAGAAAAUUGUUGCCUGAAUCUUGGGGUUUCUUAUGUCCUGUUCACACACCAGAUGGUUCUCCGUGUGGAUUAUUGAAUCAUUUUGCUCAUAAGUGUAAAAUUUCUACCACACAGACUGAUGUCUCUAAAAUUCCUUCGAUAUUGUAUGCGCUUGGUGUUUCUCCAGCCUCAAAUGUUUCUGCCGCUGGUCCUUCCAUGUGUUGUAUUCAGUUAGAUGGUAAAAUUAUUGGCUGGUGCUCUCACGAACAAGGUAGGAUUGUAGCAGAUACUCUUAGAUUUUGGAAAGUCGAAGGCAAAACUCCAGGUUUGUCAGUGGACUUAGAAGUUGGAUAUGUCCCACCCUCUUCUCGUGGUCAAUAUCCAGGAUUGUAUAUUUUUGGUGGUCAUUCCAGAAUGAUGCGUCCGGUUCGUUACUUACCACUAGAUAAAGAAGACAUUGUUGGUCCAUUUGAGCAAGUCUACAUGAACAUCGCUGUUACGCCUCAAGAGAUACAGAAUAAUGUUCACACUCACGUAGAGUUUUCACCUACCAAUAUUCUCUCUAUUUUGGCAAAUUUAACCCCAUUUUCUGACUUCAACCAGUCGCCAAGAAAUAUGUAUCAAUGCCAGAUGGGUAAGCAAACUAUGGGUACUCCUGGUGUGCCUCUAUGCCAUCGUUCUGAUAAUAAAUUAUACCGGCUACAAACCGGACAAACUCCCAUUGUUAAGGCUAAGUUAUACGAUGAUUAUGGUAUGGAUGACUUCCCUAACGGCACCAACGCUGUCGUAGCAGUUAUUUCAUAUACUGGUUACGAUAUGGAUGACGCAAUGAUCAUUAAUAAGUCAGCAGAUGAAAGGGGUUUUGCAUAUGGUACGGUUUACAAGACAGAGAAAGUUGAUUUAUCCAUGAAUAGAAGCCGUGGUGAUCCAAUUACCCAGCAUUUUGGUUUUGGUAAUGACGAGUGGCCAAAAGAAUGGCUUGAAAAAUUGGAUGAUGACGGUAUGCCAAUUUUAGGAACAUAUGUCGAAGAAGGAGAUCCUAUUUGUGCCUAUUUUGAUGAUACGUUAAAUAAGACGAAGAUCAAGACAUACCAUUCUAGUGAACCGGCUUAUAUUGAAGAGGUAAACUUAAUUGGUGACGAAUCCAACAAAUUUCAAGAAUUGCAGUGUGUGACUAUUAAAUAUCGCGUUAGGAGAAUUCCUCAAAUUGGUGAUAAAUUUUCUUCCAGGCACGGUCAGAAAGGUGUGUGCUCCAGAAAAUGGCCAACGAUCGAUAUGCCCUUCACUGAGACGGGUAUGCAACCCGAUGUCAUUAUCAACCCCCAUGCUUUCCCUUCGCGUAUGACUAUUGGUAUGUUUGUCGAAUCGCUAGCUGGUAAAGCGGGUGCUUUGCAUGGAAUUGCUCAAGAUUCCACCCCAUGGACUUUCAACGAAAGUGACACUCCGGCAGACUACUUUGGUGAUCAAUUGUUAAAGGCUGGUUAUAACUAUCAUGGGAAUGAACCCAUGUAUUCGGGUGUGACUGGCGAGGAAUUAAGAGCUGAUAUCUACAUUGGCGUGGUCUACUAUCAAAGAUUGCGUCACAUGGUUAACGACAAGUUUCAGGUUCGUUCUACGGGCCCUGUUAAUAGUUUAACUAUGCAACCAGUUAAAGGUAGAAAGAGGCAUGGUGGUAUUCGUGUUGGUGAGAUGGAAAGAGACGCUUUGAUCGGUCACGGUACAUCCUUCUUGCUUCAAGAUCGUCUACUGAAUUCCUCUGAUUACAGUCAAUCCGCCGUUUGUCGUGAAUGUGGCUCUAUUUUGACCACACAAUCAAGCGUCCCAAGAAUUGGUUCUAUGUCCACUAUUCGCUGUCGUCGUUGUGCUGUUACGUUUGACGACGCCAAGAAAAUGCUUUCCCAAUAUGAAGAUGAUUCCGUGUUUAUUGAUGAUUCACACAUCUGGGAAGACGGUCAAGGUAACAAAUUUGUUGGUGGUAGUAACACUACAACUGUCGCAAUUCCAUUUGUACUUAAAUAUCUGGACUCUGAGUUGGCAGCUAUGGGUAUUAGGUUACGCUACAACAUUGAACCAAAAUAG